AUGGUGCCGACCGCGGAACCGACGCUGCCCAUUCUCGACGACGAAAAGCGAACGUCGUCGAGGCGAAAAGGUCUCGCGUCGCACUUUGCCUUCCUCCGUCGCCCGCUGCGCCUGCGCGGCAAUUCGACCAUCUCCGUGCCCCUCGGAGUCGUCGUCGUCUUUCCCCUGCUCGUCGUCAUCCUCAUCCUGCUCCUCUUCGUUCGACACCCCAGCUCGACGGGCAGGAUAAUGAUGCCCGCCGGCGCGCCGCCGGCCAUUCGGAAAAUCAGCGAGAAGCACGACAAGGUCUUCGUCACCGGCUGCCUCGAGCCCGACACGUCCCAGCCGAGAGCGAACGCCGCCUUUGUCGUUCUCGCGAGAAACAAGGAGCUCGAGGGCGUCCUUCAAUCCAUCAAGUCCGUCGAGCGUCACUUCAACCGCUGGUACCACUACCCCUACGUCUUCCUCAACGACGGCGACUUCGACGACAAGUUCAAGGAGACGGUCCGGAACCACACGUCGGCCAAGGUAGAGUUCGGCAAGGUCGCCCCCAACACGUGGGGAUUCCCCGACUGGAUCGAUCCCAAGGUCGCCAAGGAGGGGAUCGCGAAGCAGGGUGACGCCGCCGUCAUGUACGGUGGGCUGGAAAGCUAUCAUGCCAUGUGUCGCUUCUACUCUGGCUUCUUCUACAAUCACGAGCUUCUCCUCAAGUACGACUGGUACUGGCGCGUCGAGCCCGAGAUCACCUACUUCUGUGACAUUACCUACGAUCCCUUCCUCAAGAUGAUUGAGCACAACAAGACGUACGGCUUCACCAUUGCCGUCAAGGAGCUGCGCGAGACGGUCCCCAACAUCUUCCGCUACGCCUCGGCCUACAAGCGGCUCAACAACAUCACCUCCAAGGGCCUUUGGGAAAUGUUCAUCGAGCCGCAGGACCCCGUCAAGGACAAGGAGAAGAAGAAGGACCCGAACCUUCCGGUGGAGGUGCUGCAGAACGACCCCAACAAGAACACGGCACCCGAGAUCGACCCCGAGGCGAUGGAGGGGGAAAAGUACAACAUGUGUCACUUCUGGUCCAACUUUGAAAUUGCCCGCCUCGACUGGUUCCGUAGCAAGGAGUACAACGACUUUUUCGAGAUGAUGGACCGAAGCGGCGGCUUCUGGAUGGAACGGUGGGGCGACGCGCCGAUUCACUCCCUCGCCGCCGGAGCCCUUCUCGCUCCUCGCGACAUCCACUACUUCCGAGACUUUGGCUACAGGCAUACGACGAUUCAACACUGCCCGGCGAACGCGCCGGCUCGACAGCUGCCCCGCACGCCGUUCCUGGAGAAGACGACGGUCGACGAGAAGAAGCGCGUGGAGGAGGAUCAGUACUGGGAGAACUGGGACGAGGUCAAGGAGAACGGCGUCGGCUGUCGCUGCCGAUGCGACACCGACAUCGUCGACGUCGAGGGCAAGGAAGGCUCAUGCCUGGCCGAGUGGGUCGACGUCGCCGGCGGCUGGGCGAGCCCUUGA